GCCUGAGGAGCCUGAGGAGCCAGGGAGCGGACAUCACUCAACCUCGAGAAAGACCAGACGGCCCGCUACACAGGUCACCGAGCCCGCGCCCCGUCGAGAGCAUCCAAACACCAUUGCUGGUGCACGGCAGAAGGCUUUGCGCUGGGCCACCCGCAACAUGAGCUGUGCUGUGUGCUCCGGGGUGUAUAAAUAAGCCAGGCCUCUUCGGGUGCAAGACAGCAAUACUUGUACGACACUUGGACCACCAACAACUGUCGUCCUCCCGGGCCCUGACUGGGAGGCUUGGGAGGCUGGCAGGCUGGCAGGCUGGCAGGCUGGCAGGCUGGCUAGUCUGCUGCAUGCACACGGGUCCCGCAGCAAAACCCACCAAGUCCCAGCAAGACCCAUAUCGGCCCAGCCCAUUGGAAACCAUCCUACCAGGCCUACACACGCACGAGCACGCGCACACCGCUUGCCGAGGAUGCCACUCAAUCACGUUGGACGCUGCAGGACUGCAGGACUGUCAGACUGUCUGCUGUACGAUGUCCACAGCGUUACAUACAGACUUUGAGGCUGUCCGUCCUGUGCCCACUGUUCUGUGCUCAUCUCCCGUGGCAUCCUCGCUGUCGGGACUGCCACAGUACGACGUUUCUUGCAGGGGGUUCGAGACUCCCAAGGUUGCCAGGGACAGCCAUGGCACAGUGGCCCUCCAUCCCGUCCAUGGUCCCCUAUUUGCCUCUUGGUUUCCUUCCCUCCCAAGGCAUAUCCCAACUUGAGACCUUACCGAUUUCACAACCCUCAAGUGCCGCCCCGCCGGCCAAGUACACAAUUCCAUGCAAGUGAGGCGGGCCGUCCAAGACAGCCAGUGCCACUUCUUGUCAUCGCCAUACCACUUGCGGAGCAUGACUUGAACAACUGGCACGCUGAUCUUCUCAAUUAUGCGCUUAAUCAUCUUGUCACGCUCGCCCGGGGUCUUUAUACUAUUCUUGCUCGCGCUUAUGCACUUUUGAUCUUGCACUUUCAUCUACCACCGCUGCUACUGAUUUGAUCUUGUCCCACGACAACAAGUCUAUCAUGAUCAAUGGCUCAUUGGGCCGGUGCUGGAGGCCUUCUCACUCGAUCUUUCGGUCACACGGAUGGCCACGCAUUGCACAAAUGCUCUUCCAAGAGGGAGGCCAGGUUACCUGUCAUACUUCACGAUGACUCCUACGGAUACGACCUGGACGAUACGUCACUGUACCCGCGCCCGAGGAGCUGGGAAUCGGAGCACAUGAUUGCAACACCACCAGGCGUCGACCCGUCACCCAAGCAGCCGCAGUUCUUCGUCAUCAGAGAAGGCACACCAGCUUCCACGGGACUGCGGGACGGCCAUUGCCACGUCGUUCCCCCGAGCGGCGAUGGCCAAUUUUCUCCAGAACCCGCUCCCGUUGCGUGUUUCAUGGAACGAACGAAUUCGGGUCGCACCAUCUUGACAGACUCCGACUCGCACUCCACUGUCGAAUGCAACAACUUUUCGCCCGAGGAGGACAAGGCCGCUGCCGCCAGGGUGAGGAGCCACAUGAACAGCCCGCGGCGGGAUGUGAGGCGACAUGAGCGCAUACUACGAAGCCUCAUCCACCCCAGAAACCACAGAGGUGCCGACUUCGCCCUCGACGAGACCGCGCUCGAGUCCAUCUUCAGCGCAGCAGACGAGAUUUUCUUCCAAGGUCGCUUGUCUCGCCGGGUGCAAUGGGAGUGGUCCUCGAGCGAACAGAACGACUACAGCAGGAGGAUCAUCGGGACCACUGCGCUGCGCGAGGCCCAACCCCCCUUGGUGGGAGGCUAUGAGACGCUCAUUGUCCUGAGCAGCCCGUUUCUCAGAGACACCAAGUUCAAUCGCCGACUACUCAUCUCAACGUUCUUGCACGAGCUCAUCCACUCAUACCUGUUUAUCUGUUGCGGGUUCAAGGCGAGGCAUUGUGGCGGCCACACGCAGGGCUUCAAGGAGAUUGCCGACGCCAUCGACGAGUGGGCUGGCAGGGGCACCCUCAGGCUGUGUGAUAUGGAAGCGGACCUCGCGCAUUUCAAGGAGGUGGAAAGAAGCCCGGUCAUUGAGCACUCUCAGCCGGGCCAUCACGACUUCGGCUGCGGUGGCGAAACAGUCCCUUGGCCCUUUGACAUGCCACCGUGGACCACCGGCCCUCGAGUCGUACUCCAGGCCCAUGUUAAGCCAGGUGGAAUGCAACUAGCGUCCAAUACCAGCACGCCAGCAUCAUCUACGUCUACACUUGUUGGCCAAAGUCAGCGAGAGAUGUUAUUAAAGCCCGAUGAGGCUGUCUCCCGCAUGCUGGAGAUGGCUGCCAAUACGUUCGCUGGCUCAGGCACGAAAGUCUAUUACUGAACAGCGCUGCACACCGGGUGUUCUGCCGCUUGUGACGCAAACACCCUUUUAUACGGUGUUCCUGAGGACCAACUCAGCUGCUACACCUUUGUAACUGGUGUCAUUCACUACUAGAGAAGAUGUGUCAUGGCAGGGCGACCAUGAUACGUUUUCAGAAGCUUUUCCCCGUCUUUACUCGUCUCCGAGAGUGAGGCCUUGGUUUUCUUUCCUCCCAUAUGCAUCGGAGAUGGCGUUAACAAAAGUGUUGGUACGAGACUUGUGGAUGGCGUCUGUCGUUUCGGUAUGCAUUGCAAUGUUCUUUUCUGGCAAACACGGCAUGACAGGACUGCAGGCUUUUAUGUACAUAACGUUGCCCAUGGGAAUCAUGUUAUUUCUACGACCUUACAGGUUUAAUCUAUCAUAGCCCCAGCCCGUCUCCUAAUUCACUUCAGUCGUUCCCAACUUCCCUUGCGGAAUGAAUGCAGCUCGUUGCCAUGCGCCGAAAAGCACUAGAACACCCACUAGGAUGCUCAUUUAUAACACCAGCGAAGCGUUUCCAUAAUCAAU